AUGAAACUCCUCGUAACAUCACUCUGGUUCUUCUCGUGCGAGCUUCUCUACGUUGAAGCAGAAGUGGACGAAAGUGGCCAUUUCAGUGCGCUCGGUCCUGUGAACGGCGAUCCUAACGACCGAUUCUAUUUCAUGCAGUGGGCUUAUCUUGAGGCCAUCUCUGUACCGGAGGCUUGGGGUAUCCUGGACUCUAUUGCCGAGAGAACACCUGUGACCAUCGCAGUUAUUGACGACGGAAUCGAGACCACUCACCCUGACUUGAAGGGUACCGUUAUCAAGGGUUACAACGUCGUUGAUAAGAAUGAUGAUACCAGUCCUCGAGGACCGCAUGGAACCGGCAUGGCGGGCAUCAUUGGUGCUAUCAGAAAUAACAAGAUCGGUAUGGCGGGUAUUCUGGACAGUGUGCGCAUACUGCCCAUAUUCGACGGUGAAGUUCCGAGUUUUCCCGCACUCGAGGAUGCUUUCACCUACCUGAUCAAUGGGACGAAAGAUCAU